CGUAAUCUCGAGGUGGCUAACACCGCCAGUGCACGUUAGAGCGGUGCAGAGUUUUCAAGCUAAGAAAGAGAGAGAGAGGGAGAGAGAGAGAAAGAGUGAGAGGAGCUUUCAGCUUGGGUUGAGAAACUGAGGACAAGGACGGACAUUUCGAAGCUGCUCUCUCUAAUUACACUCUUUCGCCAACUGUCUAGCUAACCAAACCCCUCUCUCUAAUAUAUUCAUUUUUUUUCUUCUCGAUUUUGCCCCAACUUUUUCCACUAUAUCUCCUCUCUCGCUCUCUCUCGCUCCUUCCUCAUUGUCGGUUCUAAUUUGCUCUUCCUCUUCCAAUGGAGUCAUCCGCUGUUCUCCGAUCCUUCCACUAUUCUGUAGGUGCUGUUUCACAAGCACAUUGCUCACUUGAAAGGGCUGGUGCUGUUCAUAUGUAUUCUGGCAGCUGGCCCACUUCAAUAAAAUCAUGUGUCCCAGGCUUGAUGUUUGGCAGGAAGAACAAUUCUUCUACAAAAAGAAAUGUAACUCUAAUAUCAUGCAUGAAGACACCUGAAGCUACUGUAACAGCCAAGUCAAAUGUUGAUAAUUAUGGCACGGUUCCAUCAGAUAGCACCACACAAGGCUCAUUGGAGAAGAAAACUUCACGGAAUGCAACUUUUCCAAAUGGAUUUGAGGCAUUGGUAUUGGAGGUAUGUGAUGAGACUGAGGUUGCUGAGCUGAAAAUGAAGAUUGGAAACUUUGAAAUGCAUCUGAAGCGGAAUGUUGGUGCCAUAAAUGCUUCUUUGUCCAACAUUUCACCUACAACAGCUCCACCAUUCCUAUCUAAACCAAUGAAUGAAUCAGUUGCUGCUACCGAACCUCCUUCACCACCUCAACCCUCCCCAGAGAAGCCUACCCCAUUUAUAAAUGUUGCCUUUGGGAAGUCAUCCAAGUUAGCUGCCUUGGAAGCUUCUGGAGCUAACAACUAUGUUCUACUACCUUCUCCCAUUGUUGGCACAUUCCGAAGGGGUAGAACAGUUAAAGGAAAGCAGCAACCUCCGAUCUUUGAGGAGGGUGAUUUGAUCAGAGAAGGACAAGUUAUAGGAUACUUGGAUCAAUUUGGUACUGAACAUCCUGUUAAGUCAGAUAUUGCUGGAGAAGUCUUAAAGCUCCUCUUCGAUGAUGGAGAUUCUGUUGGUUAUGGAGACCCUAUUAUUGCAGUCCUGCCAUCAUUCCAUCCCAUGGAGUGAUCUGUCUCUCAUACCUAUGGUAUUUUUGCAGAGAUAAUGGUCACAAAGUCCUAAGGUUUGUAUUUUGUUUUUACAACGUCCUUUCAUUUGCUCCAUCUUUUGAUCCUGGUGCCUGGGCGCUAUCACAAAAUGUAUGUGUGGCUGGUGAUCUGUACUCGAUGUUGCUAGUCAGUUGAAUUCUCAAAAAAUCAUGGAAUAAUUGUGUAAGCACAUUAU